UCGCCUUCUUUUUGUUUCACUCAUGGCUCGUACCAAGCAGACCGCUCGUAAGUCCACCGGCGGCAAGGCCCCGCGCAAGCAGCUGGCCACCAAGGCCGCCCGCAAGAGCGCCCCGGCCACCGGCGGCGUGAAGAAGCCCCACCGCUACCGGCCCGGCACCGUGGCGCUGCGCGAGAUCCGGCGCUACCAGAAGUCCACCGAGCUGCUGAUCCGCAAGCUGCCGUUCCAGCGGCUGGUGCGCGAGAUCGCGCAGGACUUCAAGACCGACCUGCGCUUCCAGAGCUCGGCCGUCAUGGCGCUGCAGGAGGCCAGCGAGGCCUACCUGGUGGGUCUGUUUGAGGACACCAACCUGUGCGCCAUCCACGCCAAGCGAGUCACCAUCAUGCCCAAGGACAUCCAGCUGGCCCGCCGCAUCCGUGGGGAGAGGGCAUAAAUUCUUAAGUCAGUGCAAAGUUGAACCCAAAGGCUCUUUUCAGAGCCACCCACGUUUUCUGUAAAAGCAGCUGUGAUUCAAAACUAAUACCUUUGAAAGUGGCUUAACGAACAGACCAGUCUAUUUGUUAUGUGUAUUUUCAGUAGGUACUAAGGCUUAGAUACUGUUAUUUGAAACCCUUUAUUAUACUGCAGAAGUUUCUUUUUUUUCUAGACCUUGUUUCAUGUUUUUCCACCAAGUUUCUUCUACCUAAUUAAAAUUUCCCAAGAUCUAACUUCAUUGGGUGGUCUGCCUUAAUAUACUUUAAAGAAUGGAAUCCCAUUGCUUUGCAAAAUAACCAUUUCAUAUGAAAGUAAAUAUUAACUGGGCCCUAGUGGCUCAGGCAUGUACUCCCUAAUACUGCAUAGGCUGAGGUGGCACGAUCACAAUUUUGAAGUUUGCUUGCCUUACAGGAUGAUUUUAAAGAUAACUGGUAGUUUAUUAGGACCCUCUCUCAAAAUCCGAAGGUGCUCAGGUAGAGGUCAAAGGGAGCCAACACUUUCCUAGCCAAUAUACAAAGAAGAAGAAAGUAAAGGUGUAUUCCAGGUGUUUGGUUUUUCUAGUGGCUUUUAAAACAGCUCUCCCUGCCAACUGCUUGUCAUGUACAGGUGUUUCAAGGUGAUGGGGUCCCUUGAAGGUCUACCAUCUCAAUAUUUUGAUUUUAGCUGUGCUGGCUUUGAUGUCCCCUG